GGUGUGACCGAGAGUUGGCAAAAUGAUUCAAUAUAUUCUGUUUUUUAAUUUAAUGAUAAUGAGUCAAGGUGAGACUGAAGAUUCGAUGCUGGUAAAUAUAGAACAAGGUCCUGUCCGGGGAUACAAGGAUCCUGGUGACGAUAUAUUUGCCUUUUAUGGAAUUCCUUAUGCAACUGCACCUACCGGAGCGGAUAAAUUUAAAGCACCGCUGCCACCUCCCACUUGGUCAGAACCAUUAGAAGCAAUUAACAAAAAUGUUAUUUGUUAUCAAAUGCAAAGUGCUUUUAUGGAGCAUAUAGUUGGUGUUCAGUUAGAAGAUUGUCUGAUAGCUAAUGUCUAUGUGCCAGAUAAGAAACGCGACAACUUGCCUGUUUUAGUUUAUAUCCACGGAGGGGCGUAUCAGAUAUUAUUUGGCAAUAUAGUUGUCAGUAAAAAUUUAAUACGAACGGAACCAAUGGUUAUAGUUAAUUUUAAUUAUCGACUUGGACCUCUUGGUUUUCUGUGUUUGGGUACACCAGAUGUGCCAGGUAACGCUGGCAUGAAGGAUCAGGUGACUGCACUUCGAUGGGUUAAGAGAAAUAUCGCCAGUUUUGGUGGAAAUCCCGAAGAUAUAACAAUAACAGGAUACAGUGCCGGGGCAUCAUCAGCAGAGCUUCAUAUGCUCUCACCAAUGUCUGAGGGUUUAUUUAAUAAGGUUAUACCAGACAGUGGCUCCAGUGUUGCACUUUACAGCGUUCCCGUAAAACCUGUUGAAAAUGCUAAGGCUUAUGCUAAAUUGUUGAAUUUUACUGCCACUGAUGAUGUGUUUGCUCUAGAAGAAUUUUAUAAAACUGUUCCCAGAGAGGUUUUGUAUUCCAUCGACGUGUUUAAACAAAAAGAUUCCACGUUCUUUUUUUCACCGUGUGUGGAACGCGAUGUAGGACAAGAAAUAUUUCUUGAUGACGCGCCUGUUAAUAUUUUAAAGGCCGGUAAACAAAAUAAGUUACCUAUGCUGUAUGGGAUUGCUGAAAUGGAGGGAUUAUUUAGGAUCCCCUUAUUUGAUUUUUGGAAAGAUGGUAUGAACGCAAAGUUCUCUGACUUCUUACCGGGUGAUCUCCAUUUUGAUAGUCAAUCAGAAAAAGAGGAGGUGGCAGAGAGAGUGAAAAAUUUUUAUUUCGGUCAUCAAUCAGUUGACGAAGACACUAUAUUUAGGUAUAUAGAUUAUUUUUCUGAUGUACUGUUCGGAUAUCCAACACUAAGGUCAGUAAAGUUGCAAGUGGAAUCUGGUAACAAUAACAUUUAUCUUUACCAAUAUGACUUUGUGGACGACAGUGCACCAUUAGUACCGUAUACAGAAGUGCGUGGGGCAAACCAUAUCGCACAGACCUUCGAUAUUGCAGAUCACAUUAUAUCAGAAAACAAUUUAUCUGAAGACUAUAAAAAUGCGAAGCAAUUGUUGAGAAAAAUUUGGGCAAACUUCAUAACAAAGGGUACACCGGUGUCAGAGGACUCUGGUCUUCCUAACUGGCCGCCUGCGCAAGAGAACGGAGGUCCACAUAUGAGUAUAGACAAAUCACUUAAACUCAAAGGUCCAUUAUUACAGCAACGGGCUCUCUUUUGGGACGACAUCUAUGAGAAAUAUUAUAAUAUUCCCUCUCCACCACCAACACCAUUCUAAGUAAAGUUGCCAUUAUAAAUGCAAUAAACAUAAUAAACAUUUUAUUUUACAAUCUUGUAU